AUGUCGGUUGCCGAUCCCCAGGGCCUGGCCAAAACCAUGGGAUUCAAAGCUUCACCCGAAAAGGGGCCCAAUUUGUUCACCUACGCAUUCGGGAUUCGAGAGCUGUCACUAGCUGCGGCAUUGUUAGCACUAAUCGCCUACAACGAAUGGCGAGCCGUUGCAAUUCUCCUGGCUUGUAUUGGCAUCAACGGCACGGGUGACUUUCUCCUAGUCGGGCUGAAGGGCGAGGGAUGGCUGCCAGCGUUCAAGACACACGGCAUUCCAACAUUGAUCGGCUCCUGGGCGGUGUGGCAAAUAUGUCAAGAAUUGAUCGAGAAUAAGGAUGCUACUGUAAUUGGGGCUCGUGUCUAG